AUGGAUAAGUCUACGAUUGGAACUACUGCAAUGUCUUAUCUCAGGUUCUAUCGAAAGCUCCUACUUUUCCGUCCUCUAAAGCAUCUUCAAAUUCUCUGUGGGUCUUUCGAUCGCUCUCCUCUUCGUCUCCUCUACACCUUGGAAAGUCUUCAUGGUUCUAUCAACAGCUCCUACUUCUCCGCCUCCUCUAGAGCUCCUUCAAAUCUUCUGUGGUAUUUUCAAGUCAUGAGCUACUUCAAAUCCGCUGUGGUAAGUCAAUCGCUGGAUGUGUCCACUGAUCGAAACUACUUUAAUGCCUCAUCUCAGGUUCUUUCAAACGCUGCUGUUCUCUCCGUCUCUCCUCCUCAAAACCUCCUUGGAAACACCUGCGCUUAUAUCAACAGCUCCUACUUCUCCUCUCCUCUAAAGCUUCUUCAAAUUCUCUGCGGUAAGUCAAUCACUGGAUUAGGGUACCGAUUGGAACUACUGCAAUGUCUCAUCUCAGGUUGUAUCAAAAGCUCCUACUUCUCCGCCUCCUCUGGAGCUCUUUCAUACUCUCUGUGGUAA